CUCGUGCACGCCGGCGUCGACCCUGAUCCCAUUACCGGCGCCAUCCUCACGCCGUCGACGACGUACGUGCAGGAGUCGGUCGACGAGUAUCUCGCCAAGGGCUACUCGUACUCGCGCACAAACAACCCCACGGUCACCGUCCUCGAAAACAAGAUCGCAGAGCUCGAGGGCGGCUACGGUGCCGCCUGCUUCAGCACCGGCAUGGCUGCGACCAUCGCGGUGAUCACCUCAACGAUGCAGGCGCGAGAGGGGGCGGGCGACCACUGCGUCAUCACGAACUGCUCGUACGGCGGCACCAACCGCGCGUGCCGGACCCUCUUCACCGACAUGGGCAUGGAGUUCGACUUUAUCGACUUCACCGAGCUGGUGCGCGCUCUCUGCAGACCCCACCACCUCUAA